AUGUACACUCUUCAUGUUGGUUCCAUGUCCUGGUUUGAACUAACAGCUGGUGGCCUUUCUAUCUUCCUGUUACUCUUUUGCCUAUACAAUCUUGCUCUUCCCAAACCUAUUCCCGGAAUACCAUAUAACAAAAGUGCCACAAAGCGCCUACUGGGAGACCUUCCGGACCUGGUUGAGUAUCAGAAGCAUACCGGGGAGCAACGCCGAUGGUUUGCGCUGCAGAACCAGAAGUUCAACUCCCCAGUCUGUCAAGUCUUCAUCCGCCCCUUCGGAAAGCCGAGAGUGGUUGUAUCGGACUUUCGAGAGGCGCACGAUGUCCUUUCGAAACGGUUGAAGGAUUUUGACCGCAGUGAUAGAGCCCGGGAGGCAUUUGCGGGAAUCAUCCCCCACCAGAUGCUUUCUUAUCAAACAGUGGAUCCCAAGUUCAAGAAUCACAGAGAGCUGAUGAGGGAUCUCAUGUCACCAAAGUUUCUCAACCAGGUCUCAGCUCCCGAGAUAUACUCCAAAGUCAACACUUUGGUUAGACUGUGGCAUGAGAAGUGCUUGCAUGCCGCUGAGCAUCCGUUUGAUGGAAAGAGAGAUGUUCAGAGAGCUACUCUUGAUGUUAUUACAGCUGUUUCCUUUGGCCUAGACGACGAGAAUAGUGCCACUAAACGGCAACUGGAUGACAUGUUGGCCAGAUCUACUGCAGGUGUCACAUUCGCGCAGCCCGAGAAGAAGAUUGUGGAUUUCCCCGUUCAUCCCUUGACAACAGAAUUAGAUGCCACCUUGACUAUUGUUGAGAGCUCAGCAGUUGGUUUCUCGUCGCCGACACCCCGAUGGCACUAUUGGAUUCUGAGUCAAUUUCCGUACCUGAAAAAGGCCGCUAGAGUUAGGGAGGAGUGGACGCGACGCGAGAUUGACAAGGCGGUCAAGGCAAUCUCCAAAGAUGGCUCCGAGAAUGCAUGGGCAACACGUUCGGCACUCGAGUUUAUGGUACUUCGUGAAGCAGCCGCUGCUAAUAAGGCCCAGAGACCACCGAGGUUCCACCGUCGGCGCAUAUAUGACGAGCUGUUUGGGUUCAUUAUUGCAGGGCACGACACAACGGCUGCUACUCUUUCCUGGGGUGUCAGAUACAUUGCGGAUGCUCCGCAAGCACAAAGAAAACUCCGAUCACUCCUUCAGAAUGCCUUCUCGACCGCUCUUGCGGAGCAUCGCCAGCCGACGAUAGACGAGAUAACCAGUGCAUCUAUUUCAUAUCUUGAUGCUGUCAUUGAGGAGACACUACGUCUCAGUGCGGUGCUCCCAAUAGUAAGUCGAGAAGCAAUGGUCGACACAACGAUUCUCGGACACGCCAUUCCAAAGGGCACCUCCGUGUUCUUUACACUAAACGGACCCAGUUUGAUGAAGCCGGCAAUCGAAAUCCCUGAGGAUAUCCGGAGUGAAAGCUCGCAGGGGACAAAGAGUCGAUACGGAAAGUGGCGCGCAGAGGAUGUCGAGCAAUUCAUACCUGAGCGAUGGAUAGAUGUUGAUGACAAAGGUGUUGAGACUUAUAACGCCAUGAAAGGGCCAUUCCUCACGUUUGGUAGUGGACCACGAGGCUGCUACGGAAGGAGACUUGCUUACCUGCAGCUUCGGAUCUUCUGGGUGUUGCUCAUGUGGAACUUUGAGUUUCUCCCUGUUGAUCCGGAGCUCAGGACUCAGGAUGUCGUAGAGCAUGUUGGUGUGGAGCCGCGUGAAAGUUAUGUACGACUGAGAAAGGUAGAGAAUUCUUUCUGA